AGUGCUACAUGAAAGUCGAAGCGAAUGUGCAAAACAAAACCUGCGGCUAGAAAUAAAUAUAAUAAACAAAAAACAAACGCUAUCCGUAGCAAUGUAGUUCAAAUUGAUGAAUCUGCAAAAUAAGCGUGGGAAGUGACAACAGCGACAGCCGCCGUAUAAAUAAUGCCAAACAAAAUGGUUAAAAUAUUCUUCAGUUGAAAGUGAAAGCUGUGUCGUCUGUGAAAUGUUGUCACUAGCAAGUUGAAGCAAACAAAAAGAUAAAAAUAAAAAAUAAACAACGCAGGCAAGUUAUGCUAAUUUCUAGUAUUAGUUGCGAUGUGUUGAGAAAUGUUAUCCAAAUGUGCACAUAAUAAAGCCACACACAAAAAGCCAUAAAACCUUAAAGCACAAUUCGAUUAAACGUUGUUCAAUGACCAGCAAAUUGGCCAAAAUGCGUUUGCAACAGCGCUACAGCAACAGCAACGCCAACAACAGCAACAGCGCCAAUGGCACAAAAGCGGCGCAUGCAAUUGGCAGCAGCAACAACAACAGCAACAGCAGCAGCAGCAACAACAAUAGACUCAACAAUCCGCGUGCAAAGAUACAAAAUCUCAUCAACAACAGCAACAACAACAAUAACAGCAAUCGCAACGGUUUCCUCAAAUUGCGCAGUGCUGCAAAAGCAGCUCCGGCAACAAUAGCAACAACAGCAACAACAGCAACAACAACAACAAUCAACAACAGCAGCAACAACAAUUGCUCGCUUGUGGAAACUCUGGAGGAGACCACAACAGCAGUGGAGCUGCGCUCGACGGCAGCUGGCGGCGCUGGCGAGAACGAUACGCAUUAUCGCGCCUAUAACACCCUGCGCAGCAACUCCACAUCGGCCAUUUUGGCAGAGGCUGCCGUGUUGCCUGGGCUGCUGGGCAACGGUUCCAGCAUACUAUAUGCCCGGCCCCGCACCCUCAACGUGCACAAUGUCUGCCAGACGCCGGCGCAAAUAACGCAAUUAUUUUUUGGGGAGGUGCUGAACGCCUGGAGAGCUAAGGCGCGCUGCAAUGUGGUGCCUGAUGAGCGCACGGAGGAACUGUUUCACGAGCUAAGCUUUCAUCCCAGCCAAAAGCAGAUCAGCGAAAUGCUGCAAACGGCGAAGAAAGUGGCCCGCAAGAGCCGAGGGCAAACAAAUGGUUUGACAUUUGGACAAUUUUGUGUGCUUGCUGCAGAUUUGAAGCGCUUUCGCGCUUCAAUAAUAUCGAAUUCAAUAAACUACUCUGACGUAAGGUACCCACAAGUCUCAAGCUCUCUCAUGCAUCAUCAGCAGCAGGAGCAGCAGGACAAUGCCAGCGAGGCGAACAGCUCGGAUAAAAUGCAAAACCUUUUUCAGGCUGGUAAUGGCUUGCAUUAUAGUAAAAAAUCCGAAAACUAUGGCACCGAGCUGCGCAGUACAAAGUCCUUCAGUAGUGUCGAUGACACAAAAAAGAAAAAGAAUGUCAGCAAUGAGCCGGUCGAGGUCUUUCUCGGUGGCUCCUGCAAUCCAACCACAUGGCGGGCGGAUGUGGCCAUACCCGCCCUUAAGGAACUGGGAAUUUCAUUCUAUAAUCCGCAAGUAUCCGAUUGGACGCCCGAUCUCAUCGAGCUCGAGCAUCGAGCCAAGGAAAAGGCCCGUGUAUUAUUCUUUGUUAUGGAUUCGGAAACACGCGCAUCUGCUGGUGCCAUCGAGGCGGCACACAUAGCGGGUCAAAACUGCAAGCAGCUAGUGUUGGUUUUGCAUCCGUAUAAACCAAAUCAGAAUAUCCUCAAUGAGCCUAUUUCACAUCAAGAAUACCUCGAUUUAAUUCGCAAUCAGUUGAUACUUAAGGAGCUGGUCUCCCGUCGCGGCCUGCCAGUGUUGGAUAACAUACCAUCUGGUCUGCAGCGCACCAAGGAUAUUUUAGCCGGCAUAUGGGAUCCACCGUCCAAAAUAUCGUCUAUAUUAAAUACGGUUCGCGGCGCAUUUGACCGGGUCAAUCCGCAAGGCGAACUACUCACUGUGGAACAGUGUAAACGUGCUCUCUUAUUUUUAGGCUAUGCUCAGAGUUUAGUUAAUUUAAAUAAUCUAACUAAAAUAAUAAUUAAUCAACGCGAAUCAUUAAAAUUGCUACAUACGCAAAGUACAAAGGCUAGCAGCAAGCAGCUGGCCGAGGAGGAGGAGUUGCUGGAUUCAACUCAGCAACAGCAGCAGCAGCAGCAGCAACCAUCGCAGCAAAAUUGCAACUCAUCCACCAUGCCAAACCAUGAGCUCAUCGAUUUCGAUCUAUUCUGCGUCAUAUCAGCGUAUCUCUCGGUGCUCCAGCAGGAGAUACACGAGAGUGGCUGCAUUUCCCCCAUCAAAGGAACAAAUGUGCCGCCGCCGCAGGUUUAUUUUACAAAUGCUCCUGAUGUGGACAUUUACUUCUCGGCUAGCAAAAACAUUUCGCGCACCUCAAGCAAUGCCAGCGUGCCGUCGAACAGCAGCAGCGGCAUUGGCCACGAUUCGAUGGAGCGUCCGAAUCUGUUCGAUCAGCUGAGUCGGAGUCGGGAUAGUGGCACCUCAUCGCCGCAGCCGCUGCCGCAGCCGAGCACGACGUCGUCGGCGGCCAUGGGUAUAGGUAAAAAGGCACAGCCACAGAUACUGUUGAAUGUGGAAUCGAUUGAGACAACCGAAAUAAUUACCACCAAAACAAUAGAAACCAAACCGCAUAAUCUGCUGGGCGCUGUCAGUACGACAACGAUGCCUCCCGCCUCCGCCGCCACUCCUGCGCAGGAGGAGGAGGAAAGCGACUCAAAUGACUCGGUCUUCUCCAGCAGCAGCAGCAUUGCCAGCGCCGGGGAUGCACUGUACUGCUCUAGUCUGGAGCUGCGAGAUGUUUAUCUCGGCGGCAGCUGUGUGCUGCGCACCAAAUGGCGACAACAGCUCGCCGCGCCCUAUUUGCAGGCGAAUGGCGUCAGCUUUCACAAUCCAGCACUGCACGAGAGCAUAAAUCAACAGAUGCCGCCGCAGGAGCAGAAGGACUCAUCCCGGCCACAGGAGCAGCAACAGCAGCAGCAGCAACAGCAGUGCUCAUUUGUGCGGACACGUCGAAAGUGUCGCGGCUCUCAGUUCCAGCUGGAGGAGCAGGAGGAGCUCACCGUUGCCGAGGAGUCGCUCAGCUGGUCACUGCCCCAAAUGGUCAUGCGUCAGACCCUCUACAAUCCGGCUCUCCUCGAAUCCAGUCGCGUCCUCCUCUUCGUCAUCACCAAUGAGACCCGUUCGCUGGCCCCAAUGACCCUGGCCGCCCACUGCAUUGGACUCAUGUACAACGUGGUGCUGGCCGUGCAAAUGCUGCCCGAUGAUUGUGUGCUCGGUGGUGAAAAGCUGACCGUUGCGGCCAUCAAGGAUUACAAUCGUGGGCGGUCGUAUCUCAUUGAUUUGGCGAAGCGACAGGGUGUGCCCGUGUUUAAUGACAUCCAGGGGGCGCUCGAGUGCACUGUGGCCAAGGUGCAGGCGUAUAAUAAUCGCGAGCGUUCUUAGAAUAUUCGUACCUGUUUCAGUUCCAGCACGUGACAAUUUUAAGCUAUAUAUUUAACAAUCUAGUAAAAUUUAUGUUCGUUUUUAAAAUUCUAACCAUAACUAUAACUAUAACACUAUACUAUUUAAAUCAAAUUCGAUGCUAUGCAAAACUACUAAACUCUUUUUCUAUGUGUAAAAUCAUGUUAAUAUAUAAAUUUAUUUACAUAAAAUACUGUAAAAAAAAUGUCGUCGCCCAGAAAGCGCAUUUCAAACACAAACAACAACAACAAAAAGCAUUCUGCUUUUUAUGAUAAUUUAUUAUUUAUUUAACAUACCAUAACUGUAAAUGUCCAUGUGCUAAAUGAACAACUGUAAAUAUACAAAACAAAAAAAAAGAAUCGAUAAAUUUAAGAAAAUAAUGCAAAAAUAUAUUUCAUAUUUAGGCAACAUUAUACACAAUAUACACAUACGUACAUACUUAAACUACAUACAUAUAUACAUUUAGUGGUGCCACUGUACCCAGCGAGCAGGCAUAAACAUCUCAAUAAACAACUUUUUCUAACAAA